CCCUUUAUUUUUCUCUUCAUUUCGUUGAUAUAUUCGAUAAGGAUUCUGAAGUUUGUGCAUUACUUUGGGUGUGUUCGGUGUAGCAGUUUAAGUAGAUGUUAGUGGUUUAACGAGACUAAAAUACUACAUAAAAAAUGUUAAUGGUAGUUGUUUACAGAACGUUUCAACUUGUAGCUUUCCAAAAUCAAAAGUUGCGGUUUAUAGAUUUGAUUUAUAGAACUUAUUAGACACAACUACAAUUUCACCAAACCCAAUGUUUUUGAGCACGAAUGGAACCUUUGAUUAUAUAGCGGAAAUACGAAUACUUUAAUGGAUGAGUGGGCAUACCUUGAGGGAUAGAAUUCGAAACGAAGAUAUAUGAAAGGGUCUAGGAUUUGCCAAUAUCGAGGAAAAGAUGAAAGAUAAUCAUUUAAGAUGGUUUGAGUAUUUGCAAAGACAGGGUAUUAUUGAAUCGGUAAGGAAGAUAGAAAGCUGAAUCCCGAAAGACUUAAAUUUCAGAACUUUUGUGGCUACAUGGAAUAUGGGAGGGAAGUUUCCUGAGACUGGUCUUGUUCUUGAUGAUUUUCUUCAGGUUAAUGCUCCUUCAGAUAUUUACAUCCUGGGUUUUCAGGAGAUUGUGCCAUUAAAUGCUGGAAAUGUGCUAGUUAUAGAAGACAGUGAGCCAGCAGCAAGGUGGCUGGCUCUAAUAAAUCAGUCUCUAAAUAGAGGCACUGAUCACUUUCAAAUGCUAAGUAAAACAACCUCUUUGAUUGAUUCAAAGACGUUUGGUGGAUCGAAACAAGCCAAGUUAACAAGCACCUCAAGUGGUUUACUUUUUUUCCCCAAGUACUCACUCAAAACCGUGAGCAAGCAAUUCAGGACCGAAAGAAAAAAGAGGCUCAAGUAUUGCAAUUGUGCCUCGGAUCUUGAUAGAAGAUACACACGAGAUUCUUGUUUUCCUUGUCAACAAAGUAAUGUUAGUGACGAUGAUUUAUCAUCAGAAGAGGAUGAUGGGCCAAAUGGGGUUGUCUUUUCCGAAAUCAUGAAUUCUUCAGGAAAUGACCAAAAAUACAGCUUAAUUGUGAGCAAACAAAUGGUUGGGAUUUUCCUUACCAUAUGGGUUAAGAGGGAGCUCGUUCAACAUAUAAGUCACUUGAAAACUUCUUGUAUUAGUCGCGGUAUCAUGGGCCUUGGCAAUAAGGGCUGUAUCGCAGUGAGCAUGCUUUUGUAUAGGACGAGCUUGUGCUUCAUAUGCAGCCAUUUAGCAUCCGGUGAGAAAGAAGGAGACGAGCUCAGAAGGAAUUUAGAUGUCAUUGAGAUACUUAAAUGUACAUAUUUUCCCAGGAGAUGCAAAAUUCCUAACAGCCAAAUUCCUGAGACAAUAUUAGAGCACGAUCGAAUCGUAUGGUUAGGAGACUUGAAUUACAGGAUUUCUUUAAGUCAUACCGAAACCUUGAAGCUGCUUAACAAGAAGGAUUGGGAUUGCCUUCUAAGCAAGGAUCAGCUGAAAAUCGAGAGGGAAGCAGGCCGAGUAUUCAAAGGAUGGAGGGAAGGGCCUAUAAAAUUUGCGCCAACUUAUAAGUACUCGUAUAACUCGGACACUUAUCUAGGAGAGGCCAAUAUCUCAUCGAGCAAAAAAAGAACUCCAGCUUGGUGUGACAGAAUAUUAUGGAAGGGUGAAGGGAUUCAUCAAUUGUCUUACGAACGAAAGGACUCGAGCAAGUAUCAAUUUUCUGAUCACCGGCCUGUUUAUGCAACAUUUAAUGUAGAGGUUGCGGUUAGGGAACCAUCAAACUUGAACUUUUGCCCUAUUGAAGUUGAAUAACGCAUUGGAAAAUAACCCAUGAUCCCACAUCGAAGAAGAUUUAGAGAGAGGAUGGAACCUCAUUGGGUUUGUGUGCAACCAACUCUCCUCUUGUACAGGUCUUGUUGUGUACAACAGUACAAGCCUGAUAACAAAUUUAUCAUAACGCUUAUGAAAUUGAGUCUCGAUUGCAGUAAUGUUACCAAUGGCCUUGAACUAAUGUUCGAGUGCGUUACGAGUGAGUUCGUCUCCAUUCCAUUAGGUAUUUUCUGAACUAACAUUUAGGCACUUGAAAUUUGUAUAGAGCAACGUAUUUUCUGAACUUAAUUGGUGUUAUUCUUUUCCCAUCAAUACGAAAGGGAAGGGAGAAUGUCGAUAAAGAAGAUAUUCUUGCAUUCAAACGAACAUGUACAUAUUUUAACAGUUUUUUAUAGUGUAUACUAUCGUGGGGAUUAAGGAUUUAACAACGUUGUGUUGUUUAUGUAUAAUUGUUUUUAAAGUCGCCUUGUUAGAUUCUGAUAUUCUCGGUUUAAGACGAUUAUGAAUUUGUCAUUCUUGAUCA